AUGUCACAAACCUUCACCGGCUCAGACAUCAAGCCAUGGACCCGCCCCGCACCGCAGGGAUAUAAGUUCAUUAACGCCAACAUCGUCGAUGUUGAAUCAGGCACAAUCAAAGAAAACACAAUCCUCAUAACCACCAAAGGCAAAAUCACCUACGUCGGCUCAGAAUCAUCCAUAACAGCCUCACCAACCAACCUCGAAACAGUAGACUGCCAAGGUAAAUACCUCUGCCCCGGUCUAUUCGAUGCCCACGUACAUCUUUGCGCAGUCCCAGGGUUCACCGACCUAUCCAAAGCCUUUGGAAACCCAAAUGACGUCCACCUCUUGCGACAGCCCUACACAGCCUCGCAGAUGCUGCAUCGUGGCUUUACCAGCAUCCGGGACUGUGGCGGUGCCCAGCUCGCCUUGAAGGAGGCAAUCGAAGACGGUGUCUUUCCUGGCCCGCGCGUCUUUAUCGCAGGUCAUGCCCUCUCGCAAUUCGGUGGACAUGGCGAUCUGCGCGGCCCGCAUGAAGCUACGGAAUGCUGUGGUGGCACCCACAGCAAUAAUCACCUUGGCCGAAUGUGCAACGGUGUGUCGGAGUGCAUGGCUGCCGUCCGUGAGGAGAUUCGCUGUGGCGCGGACUUUAUUAAGAUCAUGGGCUCCGGUGGUGUGGCGUCGCCAACGGAUAAGCUGGAGCAUCUCCAGUUCACAGCGGCGGAGAUUCAAGCUAUGGUGGAAUGUGCCGAUAAUGCUGGGACUUUUGUUACGGCUCAUGCAUAUACCGUCAAGGCUAUCCGGCACUGUAUCAAUAAUGGUGUCCGUGGGAUUGAGCAUGGAAACUUCGUUGAUCCACCCACUGCCAAGCUGAUGGCUGAGAAGGGGGUCUACUUGACGCCUACGCUUAUCGCGUAUGCCCAGAUGGCUUCCGAGCGGUGGAAGAAUUACCUGCCCAUUGAGUCGCAGAUCAAGAAUUCAAUCGUGUUGAAGUCAGGUCUUGAGGCUUUGAGGGUUGCCUCGGAGGCUGGUGUGACUAUGUGCUACGGCUCUGAUUUGCUGGGCCCACUGGGCUCUGCGCAGACCCAUGAAUUUGCACUGCGGGCUCAGGUUUUGUCAUCGCUCGAGAUCUUACGUAGUGCAACUGUGAAUCCGGCGAAGAUGAUGGGGUGCGCGGAUGAGUUGGGUCAAAUCAAGGAAGGCUUCCAUGCUGAUGUUGUGAUUCUAAAUAAGAAUCCGCUUGAGGAUGUGACCGUCUUUGAUAGGCCUGAUGCACAUGUGCUUGGUGUGAUGAAAGAUGGUCGUGUCUAUAAAAGUAGGUGGGAUGCAUUGAUAGAGGAUGGACAAAUUCCCGUGAGAGUACAAUGA